AUGGCGGAGUAUGAGGCAUUGGUAAUGGGAUUACAAGCAGCAAUUGAGAGGAAGGCUGACGCGAUAAAUGUUUACGGAGAUUCGGCUUUAGUGAUAUGUCAAAUGAGAGGCGAAUGGGAAACUAGAGAUUCUAAACUAGUUCCAUAUAAAAAGCUGGUUACAGAAUUAAGCAAACAAUUCAAAGAAAUCAGCUUCAACCAUUUGCCUCGAGAAGAGAAUCAAAUUGCUGAUGCUUUGGCCACCCUCGCAGCGAUGUUCAAAAUAAAAGAGGUGGCUAAUGUACGUCCUUUUGAUUUAGAAGUCCGUGAAGUCUCCGCACACUGCUUGAAUGUUGAAGAAGAGGUUGAUGGAAGGAGGUCUCUUUUCUGGUGUGGAUUAAAUCCGUUUUUGUAUUCCGUUUGUAAGCGUGAGUCGAAGUUUGGUUAUGUUGCUGACAAGCAAGUUCGGCCGUGUGUUCUGGUCUAUUAA